UAUUUUUAUAAUAUCCCAACACUAAAAUACAUUAUUUUUAUAUUCAUAACAUAAGUUUUUUAAGCCUGUGAUGGAUUAGGAUCUAAAAUGGAAUUUAUUUAUUUUAUCUAUCAAUUAUAAACUAUGUUAAAAAAGAAUAUUAAUUUCAAAUAAAUAUGAUAAAACUGCAUUAAAAGAGAAUAUAAUAGAUACUUAAUUUCAGAUAUGAAAUUAAAAAAUUAAAAGUAAAUUAAAAACUAUAACAAAAACGUAGGGUGAUAUAUGCUAUUAAGUAGGUGGUAAUAAUUCGUAAAAGAGAAUUUACAUCAAGUAUUUAACGUAGUCCAGUGGUUUCUAAGUGUGUAGUACAUCAGCAAGUCGUGGGUUCCAUUCUUAGUUUUUUUUUUAAUAAUACAUCCAAACGAGACCAUAUAAAGUGAUUGAUGACAUGGAAUGGUUGGUGGAUGAUGUGGAAUAGAUGACGGGGCAAAAUUAGAUGACAUGGCAAAAAUUACCCUACUUUGGGAAAUAAAUUUAAAACUACCUUCAUUUGGUAAAUAAGAUUCAAAACUACCCCUAUUUGGGAAAAAACUCGAAAGGUUGACUUCAAUUCACAAAUCACUUUGCCACAGAGGUAGGGUUAUUCUCAAUCUUUGAAUUUGAAACACUUCAUGUUCUAAUACGACAUUUGGUUCCAAACCACUAAACCAACAAAAUUUCACCACUCAACCGAAGUUACUGGCGGGGUUGGGACAUUUCAAGAUAAAGAGACGAAGGGAAGUAAGUGAUUAUCCAACUUUCUGAGAGUUUUUUCCGUAUUAACGUUAAUUAAUUAAGUUUUUACGAAAAUAGGGUUGGAUUAAAAAUAUUUACGGAUAUACUGCUGGGCUUAACCCUGGUCGGGGUAAGUCGCUGAACCGUUUGGCGACUUAUAAGUCGCCCAACCGUUCGGCGACUUAUAAGUCGCCCAACGGUUCGGCGACUUAUAAGUCGCCCAACGGUUCGGCGACUUACCCUUAAGUAAAAACAUCGGGUAACGCCAGCCACACAGACAGAACGCAAAACCCCCCUUCCCAAACAAUCUGCAGCAGCGAGGACGAGCGAGGACGAGCGACUCCGGGCGAAAACAGUUCCAACUCCGGGUAAACUCUGACGAUUCCUCCCUAUCUUGUCAAUACUACUUCAUUUCCAUUUUCUUCAACACUCUAGGUAAACAAAUAUCUCCAUUUCAUCUCAUUUUUCAUUUUAGGGUUUAGAAUAUAGAAAAUUGGAUUUUGUAAAUUAGGCAUUCAUUUGUGAAUUGAUUUGUUGUGUAAUGUGAAUAUGUAUGACUUGUUGAAUGUUGAUGUUGAAUUCAUUGUUAUAUACAUUUUUUGUUAUGUAAUGUAGAUUUGGAGGUGUUUUUUUUCCCAUUAAUGCUAAAAUACUAAAAAAUUAGAAUGUAUUUUUUUAUGUGUUAUAUUUUUCCAUUUUUAAGUGUAUAUAUAUCAUGUAGGAUUUGCUUAAUAUGUUGGAAUGUCUAUGAAAUGAUUAAUUUGGGUGUAUAAAGUGUGUAUAUUAAUAUUUACUCAUCACAGUUGGACAUGUAUUGUUAUUAGAAUAUGGAUUCCUCAAACUUCCCAAUUGUGUGUCAUUGGGGAGGGAACGUAUAUGAGGAAAGUGGCCAAAUAUGCCAUGAAGGUGGUAGAAGCAACUUUGUCAUUGUUUCUCGUGGCGCAUGUCUGCUCGAAAUGCUGCAAAAAAUCUAUGUAGCUACACAGAUUCCUCCUAGCCGGUCUUUGUGCUUGAAAAUGAAAUUUCCAAUGAACGGGGGAAAUUACAUGCUUAUGCCACUUCUUGAUGAGCUAGCUGUCACAAAUAUGUGGAUGAUAAUUGACAUGGAGAGUAUGUCCUCGCUGGAGAUAUACAUUGAGGAAUCCAUUGGUGACUCUUCUACAGCUUCGACAACAUCAAAUGAUGUUGUAUCUAGGCAUGGUGUCAAUGCAGGGAACUCCUCUAAUGAUGCUGUACUGGACAUGGUUAUAGAGGAAGAUGGUAUGUAUUUGCACAAUGGUGCAUCAUUUGUGGAUGGGCAGGCCAGUGAUGAUGAUGCUGACGAGAACAUCAAUGGUGAUGACAUGACAGAAUCUGAUGAAGAUGAUGGUGAUACUGUCAGGGCAACUACCCCGUCUAGCCACUUUACUAGAAUAUAUGAUCUCCCUGAAGGCUUUACUGAUGCGUGGAUGAGCGGAGCGGGUAUGAAAAGGUUUACACCCGAAGGUGAGUUUGAGGUUGGUCAACAGUUUGACAACAAAGAACAAGUCAUCAAUAUGGUGAGCUUGUAUUCUAUCAAAGGGUGUUUAAACCCAUUCCUGACCGUGAUUAUUCGCCGGAUUACCAUGGACCUCAUAUUGUGCACGAUCCAUCCAUGCUUCAGGCUAAGGGAAGACCUAAGUCCACACGUAUUAAGAAUGAGAUGGAUGAAGGUCCCCGAGGAACGGUUAGAUGUGGAAAAUGUAAACAAACUGGCCAUAAUAGGGCCACAUGUGCGAAGAGAUCAUCAAGAGAUGAAAUGGGGGUCCACUGGGUAAGGUUUUAAUUAUAAUAAUCCACAAUUGAUACUAACAUGGCAUGACAAAAAAUUAAAUAAUAUAAUUUUAAUAAAAAAAUCAAUUAAUAAAAUAGUAAAAUUUAACUAAUAUCCUUUUUCAUUUUUGUAGGCAUGGAAGUGUCAGCGGAUCCUGGGCCGAGUGAUCGUUCUGUCCUGACAUUGCAGACCACACACAAGAGUGAGGAUGUGUGGCGUGGCCUCGAUGUUCAGGUGGAUAGGUGCCGCGAGCACCUACGUGGUUUGUCGCAUGUGCAGGUGGACGACAGAGUACUUGCAUAUGUUCGUGCUGCGGGUUUUUAUGGUCUGCAUAGAUUGGUGGCUACUAUCCCUCUCGAUAGAGCGCUAUUCACUGCUCUUUGAAUUGGGGUAUGCAGUUGCCCAGUAAGGAUGGUCAUAUGGAGGUUUAACGGGGCAAAAAGAUAUAUGGUGACAUCCUCCACAAAAGGAACAAAUAUUAUUCUUAGGCAGACAAGGUUGCGUGGUUGGAGGGUAUGAAUAAGGGAACUGAUAAUUUUGUGGUGUAGGAGAGUAAUUUUGAUGAGGUGUGUAAUAUUGAGGAGGAGGAGGAGGAGGAGAAAGAGGAAUGUAAGGAGAGUAUGACGUAUAUGGUGAAUAUUCCAUGGAUGUUUGAGGGUAAGGAAUUCCUCCAGGAAUUUGGCUGAAUGAGUUCAUCUCACGCCUCUUAGAAAAAUUACCUGAAAGGUUAGCACAGAAAAAUCCUACGAAGAACAAAAAGAAAACUAACUAAAAAACAUCUCGCUGAAAUUAAUUAACCCUUAAAACCGACACCGUCCCCAGCAACGACGCCAAAAACCGAUGUGAGUUUUCUCGCACUUAAAAUAGAUUGUAAUAUAGUGGCGUAAGUACGAGUAUCGUCUCCACAGGGACGGACAAAAGGGAAUCAAAGAUUAACUAAAUUCAGCGAUUAAAAAGAAAUAAAUAAAAAUGUGUCGUGCGAGAUUGGUUGCUGGAAAAUAAAAAUGCGAAUAAAACGAUUAAACUAGGGGGUUCUUUCUAAUUAAUGACGACGGGAACAUGGAUUGAUUCCGGAGUACUCAGAUUUCUGGCUGAUCAGGCCUAAUUACAUGAAAUUAAUUUAAUUGAGCGUAGCUAAUCACUACUAAUUUCUUACCGCUCUCGCGGCGUAGAGUACAAUAAUUUAGGGGAUCAUACUGAUCUCUCAUGCGAUAAGAUCCUAAAUUAUUGCCAAGACGAGCAAGCUUACGGCCCAUUAAUCGCUACUAAUCUCUUAGCGAACGAUUAAGUGUGUGUGAAUGUGUCCUAGAAUAAAUUAGAUCUCUCUUAAUUUAUUCUACAAGCAAUUUUUAUUCUAACCGCGGUUCCAGGUUACAAAAGAUAUCAAUUAAAUUAAUCAAACACAAAUUAAACGACAUUCAUGCAAUUAACCCAUCAAGAAUCUAGCCAUACAUCAUGAUCAACCCUUCAUCAGUCCCAAAUCCCUAAUUAAAACUACUCACAAUUCAUAAUUGAAGAAUCAAUAGAAUUGGAAUAAAAAGAAUUAAUUGUGAUUAAUUAAAAAGGUGAAACUUACAAAGAAUCCCAAAAGAUUGAUGAACAAGGCUGAAAAGCCCUCUAAAAUUCGUGCUAGGCACUCUCUCUAAGCUCCCUCCGCUGAAAACGGGGGUUUACAGGCGGUUUAAAUAGAAAAAUCGGGUGAAAUUUGAGUUGGAUUGGGAUUUUCGGAGGUAGGCACGGUGCCAGGCACGACCGUGCCUUUGACCGUGCCUCCAAAGCAAAAACGCGCAUUUUGGGCAGGCACGAUCGUGACUCCCUCCAGGCACGAUCGUGCCUGCCUGGCAGUAGCUCCGCGAUGCUUUCUCUUCACGCAUGAUCAUGCCUGACUUUGAGGGCACGAUCGUGCCUACUUAACUUCCUAAUUUGGCAAUGCGUCCUUCAUUAAAGUUGUAGAUAAUGAAGCCCUCUAUCCACCACAACUUGCGGAAUUGGAUUUGAAUCAUCCAAUCAAGAUAUAUGAUCAAAAUGGUGGAAGGUCUCAUUCUGAAAUCGCAACAGGGAUCAUCUGACUUCAUCGUCUGUUUUCACCUUCUUCCUCUCAGAUUCUGGCAAAGGUGUCUUCUUCUGAUUUGUAGCUAUUGAAGUUGUCUUUCAUAUGCAACUUUAAUCGUGUCCUUUGGAUGCUUUUACAAAGAGAUAUGCUUUAACGAUUGACAGAAGGUCAUCCUGAUCGUCGUUUUCGAGCUCUAUUCGUCUUCUUUUGAUCCCAUAACCAAUCGUAGAACUCUUUUCUCAUCAAAUCUUCAUCGUAAACCUCCCGGUGACCUCCAAAGAUAUCAAAUCAAUCUCAAAUGCUUCUCAAAUCAUCCCGAUUGUUCCUCAAGCGCCGGUGUCGGGCUCAAAUUCCCUGAUUUUGAUUACAAACAACACAAAACUCGAACCAAUGCCCGGUAAACAUAACUUGAGCUAAAAUUGAGGCUUGUAACACCUUAAAGCUAGGAAAAUAAUCAAAAUCCGUUCUCAACACGCAUCAAAUGCGUGUCAAAAUACGGACUUAUCACUCUUCUUGAGCGUUGGGGGCAGGAGACACACACAUUUCACCUCCCUAUUGGUGAGGUGACCGUGACCUUGGGAGAUGUUGCUCUACUGACUGGGUUAGAGGUCGAGGGGAGAGCUGUUAUUGGUACUGCUUGUCGACAAUGGGUUGAUGAGUGUGAGCAUUUGUUGGGUGUUCGCCCCGUUCUUCGGACUGACCUUCAGGGGUCAUCUCUGAGGAUGUCAUGGCUGAGGGAGCAUUUCGCUGUGCUUCAUCCGGACGCUGAUGAGGUGAUUAUCCAGCAGCAUGCACGGGCAUAUAUUUUGAGGCUGAUGGGAGAUUCCAUUUUCGCUGACAAGAGCGGAAAUGAGAUUCAGGUUCUGCACUUGCUUAUGCUAGAGUGGUUUGAUGUAACACCACACUUCACUUGGGUAGUGCCACACUGGCUUAUCUGUACAGACAGCUGUGUCGCGGCUGUCAGAGUGGGAGCACAGAGCUUGGGGGAUUUUUGCUACUUCUCCAGAUUUGGUCAUGGGAGUACAUCCACAUUGGGCGUCCCAUUCUAGUGGCAUACCAUGGCAUUGAUGGACACCCACUGCCUAAUGAGCCUCCACUUCUCCUGGGACCACAUCAUGUACGGGGCGAGUACCCUCUGGGCCGUCGAUGGCUAUUUGCUGAUCUAUAUCGCACGUCAUCGGCUUAUGGACUUGGUGUGUACAGGGAUGCAUUUGAUCGGAUGUCUGAGGAUCAGAUUAUCUGGAUGCCGUAUACAUCUGAGAUGUGUGCAGAGUUGCCCCCCGCUGGACGAGAGCAUACUCACAUAUGACGAGCACGUGUGCCGUUGAUAUGCUUUGACAUUGUUGAGCUACAUUUGCCUGAUUGUGUAUUGCGACAGUUUGGGUUUGAGCAGGUCAUUCCAACACCCAUCGACACAUAUGCAGAGCUUCAUAGGCUGGAUAGGCGUGGGAAGCAUACAUAGGAUUGGGCACUAAGACAUGUCCGAUACGUCACUAUGUGGGACAGGCGAGCUGAGCUAGUUGUGACUGAGACACCGACAUUUGUCCCGUCUGUUUCAGCCGACUACAUGGGAUGAUAUUACAGCAUCACUCGCUUGUUUGUGUCUCAUUCGUUCAGACUUCCUACUCACCAUUAUCAGCCUAGCUCCUUGGCUUUGCAUUUGACAACACGAGCUUUGCAGCGUAUACAUCAGAGGGCUACUGCCACAGUCAGUGAUGUGCAUGACAUGGACAUGUACGGACAGGCUCUCACAGGCAUUGCCUCCUUGUGUUCAGACGUGUUGGGGCGAGUCGACUAUGGCCAUCUUAUACAUAUGCCCCCAUCUCAGGAUAUGCCAUCGACAUCUAGUGCAACGACAGCUUCAUCAUCCCAGACUCAGCAUGAGAGAGUGGUUCUUCAACCACAACAGCGGCGUAGGCUUAGGCAGCAACAACAACAUCUCCAUGACCAAGACGAUCAAGAAGACCAUGAGAACUUGUAGUUUGUCUUUUGUAUUGGAGUUGUUCUUGUACAUUAGAUGUUGUAGGAACAAUUGACUUUAUUUUACGUAUUUCCACCUGUAAACUCUUUUAUGAUGUGUUGAUGUGUUCAAUUAUGAAUAUUAGAUGACUACUGUGUUAUGAAUAUUGGAUGAUUGUACUGUGUUUUACCGGUUAUGAAUCUAUUGUUUU